GCGGUUAACAACCAUGAUGGCUCAGAUGAAGAUGUCCAAUCAGAUUCAUCAUCGCUCUCCUUUAUGUCUCUCUCCUCCUCUGAGAAAUCGGAGGCUAAGGCAGAUGGCGCCAUCGACGAUCUCCUUUCAGCGUCUGAGGAACGUCAUGCGGCGUUGCGAACACAUAUCGCAGACACAAUCGAUCGACUACAUGGCCACGCACUACAGAUUGACCGCGCAGGAGCCAAACACCGAAGGGAGCGGAUAGAAGUUUAUCGACAGAAAGAAAGCCCGAAAUGGGCGUAUGAAGGGUACAAGGAACUCGCAAUCCGAGCAGCUAAAGGUUACUUCCCGUCCGCAUCUGAAACAUUUCGACAGCGAAUAGGGGAAUCAUUCGCCAGGCGGAGAAUUCGCUUCGAAUACCUGGCAGAGCAUCAAAAGAAGAGAGCGGUUGAAGUGACUGUCCAUCAGUCGCAAUCCUCGCCGGCCAAGGUUCUGUCUGGAUCUAAAGACCAUGAUAGGCCAAUGCAUAUUGUCAAAAUACAGGAAGCAGACGCAGAAGCAGAUGUAUUCAGUCAGCGUCUUCCACAUGACCAGCACACCAUUUACUCAGCUACAGUGAAUACCAAACUCGACAUGCAGCCCCAGCCAAAUCGUCAAGAACGUGCAGAGAGCGUCGCCUCUGUAGCGCUGCGGCAUCCCGGAUUCCCGCCGCCUCCUAAGCUCUAUGGCGAUGGCUUUCAGUGUCCUUAUUGUAGACUCGAGUUUCGUGCUAACGAGGCAGGGAAAGAGCGCUGGAGCCAACACGUCAUUCAAGAUUUCGAGCCGUAUUUCUGCACCUUGGAGGACUGUAAAGCGCCAUUUGAUGUGCCCAAUUCUUUUGAUGGCCUGCUAGAGCACUUGCAAAGCCAUCUUCAAGAACGUUAUCACAUCGAUAUGCCAGAUGGGAAGCACGAGGAGUUUGACGAGACAGAGUUUGAACAUCAUCUUGCACAACACGGAGAAAUAUCCACUGAAAUGGAAUCUAUUAUGAAGAAAGCAAGUCGACGCAAAGGCCCAUACUUGUUUGAGAGCUGCCCUUUCUGCGGGGGCUAUCCUGAUGUUAUUGAAAAGCUCUUCUCAGACUCGGAUACUCUAGAGGCUCAAAAGGCGUUGCGAAAGCACAUUAAACAGCAUAUGCAGGACAUCGCCCUCUUCCUUCCGCCGUACCGAGAGGAUAUUUUGGACGAAGACGACGACCUCAAAAGUUUUGCUGUCACAGGCCAAAGUGCCAACGUUGAAGACUUUGAAGGUCUAGGGGAGUUUCCCGAGAUUUGUGGCCAAAAGGACUGUGACUGCAAAAGUCGAGGAAGAAGCAUCACAGAAACUUUGCCAGAUGUAUCGAUUGCAGUAACAGCGGAAGGCAUGGAAACCCAGAUGGAUCUUAUAACACCGAUACUCCUAGGUGAUACAGACCCGGAUCUCUGGAAGGAGAUGUUUCCGACUUCUGCUGCAUAUGAUAGCUCCCCUGUGCCAGAUGAGUAUUUUCUCGGAGACGAGCAUCUUCGAUCGUUCCUUGUAUCGCUUUCAUCACGAUCUCACGAUAUUCCACCAUCGAUAUCUAAAGUAGCCGAGGCUCUCAGUACAUUUAACCCGAUUGAGGAUUCACAGGCUUUCCAAGAUUGUAUGAGCUCGCUAGCCGUUCCAGAAAUAAGCAAGGAAUCCAGACGUUUCUAUCCCAUUGCAGAGAACAGAAAUUAUAUCUCUUUUUUUUUCGGAAAUUAUAGCGAUGAGCUCCAAAAUGCCCGGCGCAGUCUUUACCAGUCUCUUCUCUUUCAAAUUCUCGGACAGGCCCCCGAUGCAUUACCUGAACUUAUUAGAACCUUUGAACAGCGACGCAAACAAAGCAGAGAAACGGGCGAAUCAUGGCGCUGGGACCCGGAUGUUCUGCGACUAUUCUUCGUAAUAGCUGUUUCAAGAAUCUGCCAGUGUGACCGGAUCUGGUUGUUUAUCGACUCGUUAGAAGUAUGCAGCCAAGAUAUUAUCGCCAAUCUUACUGAAGAGCUCGAGGCUUUAAUUCCCCCGUCAUCUGACAGUUCGAAAAAGGCCCACAUUUGCCUGACCUGUCAUGGUCAAAUGCACUUGGAUCCAAACCGU